GUGAAUCAGGUUGCGACUCAAGAAGUGCUGAACCUGCCAAAACCUGAACUGGUCGACUGUUUUCAUAGAGUCUUAGACCUGACUGGCAUGAAGCAAACCAGUGUAACCCUAAAAGCCUCACAUUUCCCGUAUCCUUGUGUGGUUGUGUCAGGCCCUCGCUGUCUGAUCCAGAAGGCUCAGGCAGACUUGAACACAGCUUUAGCCAGUCUGAAGUCAGAUACGCUGUUUCUAAAGGGACCAGGGGUGCAGCAGUACUUCCAGAGAGAAGGUAAAGCAAGCACAGAGCUGGUAGAGAGCUCCUGUCAGGUCGUCAUCACUGAGCAGCAACAAGCGCAUUCUCAAAACACAGCAACAGUAGCCCAACACAGCAGCUUCAACACAGCCAGUAUGUCCACUAGCAGACAGCAAUGCAGCACCCCCAGCAGCACACCAAAUACCACAACUGUCCCACUCAACAAAACAACUCUGGAGGUCAGGCUUGGCAGUUUGGUGGACGAGCAGGUGCACGUGCUGGUGGCCCCCAUGGUCUCCAGAAAGCUUACCUCCACUAAAAUAGGUAAAUGUCUCCUGAGUAAAGGAAGGAGUAAGUUUCAGAACAACUUUGACAAGGUGGCAGGGAAGUGGACCCUUACUGCUGGUAAUGUCAUGCAACUUGAUGCACCUUCAUCUCUGGGCUGCUCCAAGAUCUUCUUUAUCGAGUGUCUGCCAUGGGAUGGAGUCAGGGGCCGGAGCAUGCAGGUGCUUGGUAACGGUCUGAAAAGGUGUUUGGACCUCUGUGUAAAGCAGGGUUGGUGUUCAGUUGCCUUGCCGGUCAUUGGACCAGGGAAGGCUUUACAAUACCCGCUGAGAGAGGCUAUUCAAGUCCUGACUGACGAGAUUCACCGGUUUGGAUCAUCUGCUUCAUGUGGUUCUCUCUCCACCAUCCAUGUUGUCAUUAAACCAGACUACCCCGACUCUGUAGAGUGCUACCAUGAUGUCUACAGACACCUCAGCAUGAACAUGAACCAGGCAGGCAAAGCGAUCUUCAGGUCCCUCACCAGUGACCUCGAUGACAUCACCGUGACAGUGGGGGGCGGGGUUAAACUUCAGGUGGUGUUUGGUGACAUCAGCGAUGAGACAACAGAUGCUGUAGUAAACACAACCGACUUCAUCAAUCUUCAGACAGGUGUGUGCAGAGACAUCUUAAGUGUCGCUGGACCCCAGGUGGAGGAUGAACUACGAAAAGCAAAAGUGAACCGUGGAGACGUUUUGAAAACCCGGCCUGGCUCAUUCCCCUGUAAAGCCAUUUUGCACGUGGGUGGAGAAAAGGAUGUCGGCCUUGUGGAUCAGCUGGUGUGUCGCAUAAUUCAACUUUGUGAAUCCUCUGGAUACAAGUCUGUGGCCAUCCCGGCCAUCUGUGCUGGAGCUGGUGGGUUGGAUACUGAUCUUGUGGCACGCGUCAUCCUCAGAGGAAUUAACAUCACUGCAUCGUCUAGUCCACUCCUGUGUCUCACCAACAUCCGCCUUGUGCUGAUUAAAAUCAAGGUUUUCCUGGCGUUUAAAAAGCAAGUGAUGCAGAUGUUUCCCUCUGCUGCAAUCAACACAGAGGGAGCUGCUGCCCCACAACAACCUCCUCCACAGGCUGUCAAUAUUCACCCAAGCAUCCUGUGUACAAGCUCCACAGUUCAGCAGUCUGUCUUCACGAUUGCUGGCCUGUGUAAAAAAAACGUUGACAAUGCCAUGACAAUACUCAAGAGUCUGUAUCAAUCUCAGUGCACCACACAAACCUUUAGAACGGAGGAGCUUGCAGGCCUCACUCAGGAUGAGGUGAAUGACCUGAAACAGCUGAUAGAGGAUCUGGGUGUGUUGGUGGAGGAGGAGCAGUCAGGCCGGGGCCUCUGGACGGUGAGCGGGUUGAAAGAUGGAGUCAACCAGGUGAUGCAAAUGAUUCACAAAUCUGCCAUGUAAAUCCUUCAUUGAUUGUAAAAAGCUGCACUUGUUUGUUAUUACAAUACCAUGUGAAUGGAAGAAGAAAGACAGGUAAAGGUAUGUCUGAGCAAUCUGUAAUAUAAGUCAAUCUGAAGGAUCUUUAGGUAUUUAUUAUAAUGUUAGAAUUGUUUGGGAAAAUAUGCUUUUUUUUUCUCACUGAAGCUACCACAAGGAUUACCUCACUUAAACUGGGGUUGUUUUAUUAUUGCUCUAUAUUUGCAAGUUCCAUAUUUUCUAAUACGUGUUAACAUUAGAUUACAAUAAAUUAAAAUGUCAGGCUUUUGUGAGAGAGAAUUAUUCUUUUUUCACAUUUAAUUCUAACCAAUUUAAAGUUUUCAAAGCCAAGACCAGUGCCAGUUAUCACAUCCAAUUAACAUUGUCACUUCUUUAUCUGGGAAUUUGCUCUGUUUUUUUAUUGUACAAAGACAAUUUAAAAGAAAUUUGACUCACAAAAAUGAAUAAAAUGAAGAAGCAGGAAUACCAACCAAUCACCCAAAUGUGUGAAUCUAUGGAGCUUAUGAAAUUGUUCCAGCUCUCAGUUUUAGUUGUAUUUGAUAAAGACAAGUGUAAGGAUUCCUCUAGAUUUCACAAAAAUUGAAACAACAUUGUGGAUUUGUACCCUUUGUCCAACCUUGUUUGUUGUCCAGUUUUAGAAAUCUUUAUUCUUAAGAAAAUAACUUUAAAAUCAUUGUCAUAAUUGCUGAAGCUGAACCUGUUGAAAACCUUAUUCACUGAUGAGUCUGAAUCCAUUUGUAGUGUCAGUGGGACCCCUGGUGGGUUGAUGCAGUAACACUGCAGACUGUGGGAAAGUGUGUCAUUGACAGAUUUUCUAAUGUGGUUUGAAAUCGUAUUAAAAUAAUCAAAUAUCCAAAA